AUGGAGCAUCACGAGAUCGCGAACGGCCCACCUCCCUCAGCACAUUCGCAGCCUACGCCGCCCUCCCAGGCGAGCUCUCAGCCAAAAGCGGAGGUCGACGGCAGCAUUGGCGAGUCGCCAGGGACGGGUGGUAUUGCCUCGGUCACUUCGACGAACAGCACACCCCCUUCUGCUGCCGUAGCCAAUCCGCCCGCCGCGGGACCAGAGUCGACCAGCAGCAGUCACGAGACACCACCCUUUGUCAGACCUAGCACCUUUCUGCAACGCCCACUCGCGCACAGUCGCUCCUCGGGCCCGUCGAAGCCGAAGCGGAAAAUUGACCUUGAUGAGGAGAGAGGACUGAAGAAAAUCAGGGACUUUUUGAGAGCGCGCACCGCCUACGAUGUGCUGCCCUUGAGUUUCCGCUUGAUCGAGCUGGACGUCAGCUUGACGGUGAAAGAGAGCCUGAAUAUUCUCGUCCAGUGUGGUAUCGUGUCUGCACCCCUGUGGGACUCGACGACGUCCACCUAUGCCGGUCUUUUGACGGUCAACGAUUACCUCAACGUGGUGCGGUACUAUAACCUGCAUGCGGACAAGCUGAAAGAUGUUGACAGUCUUCUGCUGAGUGACCUUAGAGCAGAGGUCGAGCGUGUGCUCAAUGUCAAAGCGCCAGAGACCAUUUCGACAUCUCCCGAAGCUAUCCUCUACGACGCUUUACGUAAACAGCUGCAGUCUCGAGCGCGAAGAAUUCCUCUCGUUUCGUACGAUUCUGACACACAGCGCAAUAUGGUUACGAGUGUCAUCACCCAAUAUCGUAUCCUCAAGUUCAUUGCUAUGAACGUACGGGACUACUCGCUGUUGUGCAAGCCUUUGUCGACACUUCGGAUAGGGACAUACGAAAACAUCGUCAGAUGCAGUCUUGACUCAACGGUGCUGGACGUGAUCGACGAGAUGGUCAUGAGGAACAUCUCGAGCGUGCCAGUGGUGACGUUUGAGGGUAUUCUCCUUAAUGUUUUCGAAGCAGUUGACGUGAUCGACGUUCUCAAGUCCGGUGACUACGGCAAUCUGACUUGGACUGUCGGCAAAGCGCUCUCAGCCCGUUCCCCUUCUCAUCCGGGCAUCUACACCUGUUCGCUCGACGAUGGCUUAGAUACGAUCUUAGACACGAUCCGAAAAUCAAGGGUGCAUCGUAUUAUGAUUGUGGAUGAGCAAAACACUCUCAAGGGGGUGCUAUCGCUGAGCGACAUUCUACAAUAUAUCCUGAUCGAGGGGCAGGAAAGUGACUCAUGA